ACCAUUUCCAUCCCAUCCAUUCCCAUUCAGUGUCAGAGGCGGAGAUUCCAGUACAACAAGCAAUGGGACAACUGCAGCGCCGCAAUAUUUAAAGCGGCGGAGCAGUUUUUUUGGGCUAUCAUCUUCAUCUCCUGAAGAAUCUGACUGCCCAAGAUACACUUAGAGAAGGCUUUCAGAAUUCCCACAUAUAUCUUCUCGGUUAUGGUCUUUUUGAAUUGAUGGCUUCGUCCCUCUUAUCAAGGACUCUAUUGGGUCAUCGCUUGAUUUCCUCCUCUUCUUCUUUCUCACCCAAGCUGCAAAAUUUGACUUCUCUCUUCAAUAAGAGACCUCUACACUUGCACGCUCAUCCAGUCUCGACAGCAUUUGCUAAAUCUUAUCGGCCAACUCGUGUUAUGGCUUCCUCAGGAGUUGUGAGAAGAGCUGAUUUCUCAACACAGUCUGUAUCAACAAUUGAACCUGUUGUUUCUGUCGAUUGGCUCCAUGCGAACCUUCGGGAGCCUGAUAUAAAGGUCUUGGAUGCAUCGUGGUACUUGCCAGAUGAGCAAAGGAAUUCCAUUCAAGAAUAUCAGGUUGCUCAUAUACCCGGUGCCCUUUUCUUUGACGUGGAUGGAAUAUCUGAUAGAACUUCAAAUCUGCCACACAUGUUGCCAUCUGAGGAAGCUUUUGCAGCAGCUGUUUCUGCUCUUGGCAUUGAGAAUAAAGAUGGGUUGGUUGUUUAUGAUGGAAAGGGUAUUUUUAGUGCGGCACGUGUUUGGUGGAUGUUCCGAGUCUUUGGACAUGAUAGAGUCUGGGUUUUAGAUGGAGGCCUGCCAAGAUGGCGUGCUUCAGGAUAUGAUGUGGAAUCCAGCGCUUCUAGUGAUGCUAUUUUGAAAGCGAGUGCUGCCAGUGAGGCGAUAGAAAAAGCAUAUAAGGGACAGCUAGCUGGGCCAAUCACUUUCCAGACAAAAUUACAGCCACAUCUUGUUUGGACCCUUGAGGAGGUUAAAAGAAACAUUGAGGAAAAAACUCACCAGCAUAUAGAUGCUCGUUCAAAGGCCAGGUUUGAGGGUGCUGUGCCAGAACCUCGCAAGGGAAUAAGAAGUGGUCAUGUACCAGGCAGCAAGUGCAUUCCAUUCCCUCAGCUGUUGGAUGCUUCGCAAACCCUCUUACCAGCAGAUGAGCUUAAGAAGCGAUUUGACCAAGGAGGCAUCUCAUUGGAAAAUCCUGUUGUAACUUCAUGUGGAACCGGUGUAACUGCUUGCAUUCUUGCACUGGGCCUCCAUCGUCUUGGGAAGCCUGAUGUUGCAGUUUAUGAUGGAUCGUGGACCGAGUGGGGAGCUCAAUCCGACACACCAGUUGACACUUCAUAAAUCUUAGUUGCAACUAUUUUAAGUAUGGAAGUAACCUUAUUUUGUGUGUGCAACUUCUGGAUGGAAAUGUGUUUUAACAUCGAAGUCUCAUUUCCCCCUAGUGUUGAAUAAGGAAGUGAAAGGAUAUGUUCUUGAUACAUGUGUGAAAGAAAAGCAGCUCUGACAGAAGGUUAUAAAACAUCUAAAUCAAAGUUGGCUGAUUGUGGAUAUGCAAAUUGAAGAAAACUUGAACUGUACAUUUUUCUA